CGUAUGCCAGGGGGCGGAGCCUUUUGCGCAUGGCGGAACCUACGAGCCGAGCGGAAGUGCGGCUCCGUGUGUGAGCCUCCCGGUGCAGCUAUGGGCCCGCCGAGCGGAAAGAUCAAUCGUCCCCGGACGGAGCUGAAGAAGAAGUUGUUCAAGCGCCGCAGAGUGCUGAGCAGGGAUCGGCGACGGAAGCGCCAGGUGGUCGGCGCCGUGAUAGACGAAGGGCUGACUACGAGGCACCACCUCAAGAAGCGGGCGUCCAGUGCACGGGCCAACAUCACGCUAUCCGGGAAGAAGCGCAGGAAACUCCUGCAGCAAAUCCGCCUUGCCCAGAAAGAAAAAGCAUCCAUGGAAGUGGAAGCCCCCUCCAAGACAACCAGGACUAGUGAGCCACAGCCCAAACGACAAAAGAAGAUAAAAGCUCCCCAGGAUGUAGAUAUGGAGGAUCUUGGAGAUGAGAGCUAAAGUCCCUCCCUCAUCUAUUAGAAGAUUCUCAACUGCAGCCAGAAAGAUUUGAAGGACUUUGGAGAAAAUACUACUGUAUUUCACUGUCCCCUGGAGUUAUAUAUUGGGAGGGAAGAGGGCACAGGAAAGGACUGCAGAGGGCUCUCUCUAGCAGUCACCUCUUUUUGUAAUAAAGCCCUAGAACUUUGA